AUGGCCCCCGUCAAGAAGUCCAAGUCCGCCAGGAACUCCGAGUCCGUCAACUCCAAGCUCCAGCUUGUUGUCAAGUCCGGCAAGUACACCCUCGGUUACAAGCAGGCCCUCAAGCAGCUCCGAUCUGGCAAGGCCAAGCUCAUCUUGAUCUCCAAGAACUGCCCCCCCAUCCGAAAGUCUGAGAUUGAGUACUACGCCAUGCUUUCCAAGACCCGAGUCCACCACUACGAGGGCUCUAACGUCGAUCUUGGUACCGCCGCCGGUAAGCUUUACCGUGUCGGUGUGAUGUCCAUCCAGGACGCUGGUGACAGUGACUUGCUCCAGGACCAGGAGGCCGAAUAA